CUGUUACGUACUUGCUUAUCUUUUGAGAUUAGCAUUCUUGAUGAGUAUAUAGUAGUGUAAGAAAUAUAGCUGCGACAGUCACCCAGAUAAUGUUUGAUUUUCAUUUGAGUAUUAUAAUAACGAUUUAAUGCCUUAUUAAUCACUGACUAAUAAUUGAUAUCCCGCAGGCGUAAUUAGAAAGGCAUUUGUUCUCUUAUACGCGUGAUCAUGUAACUUUGAAUGCUGCCGUACUUGUCGGGUCCUUGCAAUCAAUUCUAUAGAAGAUUGAGGUAUUGCGCAAAUGUUCGUUUCAUCAGUGAGGAACUUUGGGGCCACGUCAUAUCAAAAGAGUACACAAACCUGGCCGGUCCGGCUCUUACCCUCACAAUAAUAGUCGAUAGGCCGGAGAUGCGCUUUUAAACUGCUGGCUUUGAUGGGAAGCAAUUUCAUUUGCUUACCUGCGUGUAAUAAUGUGAAGGUCUGCGCAAGCCGAACGUGCAGGAAAUUAUGAAGCAAGAAAAUUGACCAUUAUUGAUUUAUUAACUAUCAUUUGUUAUAGUUUCAAUCUGCCUGUGUCCUAAGGGAAAAACGAAUAAUUAUACUAUCAUUGAUAGCUGCCAAUAUCAGCGGAUCUCUACAUUAUGGAGAAGUUAAUGCCGUUAGUGACAAAUACUGCGAUGGCAGUUCUGUGUUAUGUGUACACGAAGCAAGCAAUUAAAACAUUUGCGCCGAUGUUCGUUGAACGGGGUUUAUUCGGAAUCGACCUUUGUAAAUCUUCAGGAGAUAAAAUAGCCGAGUCUCUUGGUGUUAUAUCGGCAACAUGUUUUCUUGUACAGGUGUUUCUCUUCAUUCCGAUCCCAUUCUUAGCAUCUUCGAUAGAUGGCAUCUUUGCCUACGAUCGGCUCGUGGAGAUUCUUGCCGCCCUCCUCUCAAUCUGCUGCAUGAUUUUGCUAGGAUUUGCUGACGAUGUCCUUGAUCUCAAAUGGAGAGAUAAACUCGUCUUACCGACUCUUGGAAGUCUUCCUCUACUUAUGGUAUACUAUGUUAAUUUUAAUGUAACCACUGUCAUCGUGCCCAAGCCGUUGCGCUUUCUUAUCGGAGGCACUCUCUACCUUGGACCCCUAUAUUAUGUUUAUAUGGGGAUGUUGGCCGUAUUCUGUACAAAUGCAAUCAAUAUUCUCGCCGGAGUCAAUGGACUUGAGGUGGGCCAGUCAUUGGUGAUUGCCGGCUCGAUUAUGAUCUUUAAUGUGGUGGAAUUAUUCGGUCGCGGUGAGACUGGCCACCUACUGAGCUUGUACCUGAUGCCUGCUUUCUUUGCCACCUCAUUCGCUCUUUACAAGUUUAACAAAUAUCCUUCAAAGGUAUUUGUAGGGGAUACGUUCUGUUACUUCGCUGGAAUGACGUUCGCGUGUGCGGCCAUCCUUGGCCACUUCUCGAAAGCCAUGUUGCUCUUCUUUGUUCCACAGAUAAUCAAUUUCCUCUACUCGACACCGCAACUCUUCAAGCUCAUCCCAUGCCCAAGACACCGACUACCGGCAUAUAGCAAGGAAACAGGUCUUCUCUCACCGUCGACAGUGACAUUUCGUGAAGAUUCGCUUUCGCGUCUCGGGCGGAGGAUUCUCCGAGUCUUUAAGACUCUUAAAAUUGUGCAGAUCAGAUCGGUAGCCCAUGCCGAUUCCACUACAUUCGAGAUGAACAAUCUAACUAUUAUUAAUUGGGCUCUUGCUUUUAUAGAUCCGAUGAAUGAAGGCGAGCUAGUUCGACUUCUACUAAAAUUUCAAAUAGCUUGCAAUACGAUAGCGUUUAUAUUAUAUUAUGCACUGGGCCAUAUGCUCUUUUGAGCUGCCUCACCAUCUUUUGCUGCAUCGAAAAAUAGUGAUAGGGAAAGCAGUGCUCUGUAGAAGUAAUGCUGCGGCCAUCACCUGUUACAGUCGAUAGUACUAUCUGAAAGUAUUACAUGUUCUUUUGUAAAUUUAUAGCAUAACAACUCUUAGUUGGAGUAAGUACCUGUGUGUUAUCCCUGAGAGUCAUACGAUGGUGAAAAUGGAGGUGAGGUAAUGAAAACGCGCCUGUUCAAUAGAAUAACGAGGAACCUGAUUUUUGCGGUAGGUUAAAAACCUGUAGAUCUGAAAAGCUGUAUAUCCGAAAGUCAAAUGGGAUGUGUGAAUAUGUGAAUGUAUUAUGUAGCAACCAUGUUGUUAACCAAAUUUAUUGGAUAAGAGUAGUUAGAUUAUCGUGACAAGUUAAUAAGACUUUGAGAUGUUAUUAUGCAUUGUUCAUUGCGCCCGUACUUAUUAAGUAUAAAUUAAUAAACGGAGAACUUUCCAACAAGAACGUUGGAUGUCCACA